AUACAUACAUAACGCAACCACUUAAGGAUUAUUCCAUUUUUAUUUGGCUUAUUCCCUCUCUACAUGAUGGAUACAUUCUCUUGUAAUUCUUAUGAACAAAACCACCCACAUGAUGAUGAUAUUGAUAUUGAUGCUCAUGAUCAUGAUUCUCAUGGUGGUGAUCAUCAAGAGGAGAGUGGAUGGACAACUUAUCUUGAUGAUUUCUCAAAUCAAUACAGAACUACUCAUCAUGAAGAAAGUGAUCAUCAAGAAAAGAGUUCUUGUUCACUUCUUGGCGCCUCUACUUCCCUGGUCUCUGACGCCGCCACCCAUGCCUUUUCCGGCAAGAGUUUUCCCGUUAAUUUUCCGGCAAAUUUGAAGUUUGGGAGGGGAAGAACCAAAAAGAUUUGUGAGGAUGAUUCUCUGGAGGACACGGCUAGCUCUCCUGUCAACAGCCCUAAGGUCAGUCAGUUUGAACAUAUUCAGACGCCUCCUAGAAAAAUUGAGGACUAUGUCUCUUCUAGUUUCGUUAUGGGAAAUAUUAGAGGCAUGAGGGAUCAUCAAAUCCAAAUACAAGAAGGUGAUGAACAAAAAAUGACGCUGAUGAGAAAUCUCAUUGAAGAAAACAACAACAACAACAACAACAAUAACAAUAACAAUAUGGAUUUGAGGAGUAGAGGAUUAUGCGUCGUCCCUAUCUCCAUGUUGGCUAAUUUUAACGGUCGCUGCUGAAUAAUGAUAAUCAAUUCUGUAAACAUCCUUAAUUAACUAUAUAAACCCUUGUAAAUUUGGUGGUGUUUAUAUCCGUACCCAUCUUGUAUAUAUGUACUUGAUGUGUGUAUAUAUAUAUAUAUAUAUGUACAUCUUGAUGGGUAUGUGCUUAAUUACAUAUGUAUAGCUUUUGUGUACAUGUAUAAAACACAUCGGUGGAUAUGUGUGAAGUAUACAACGUCUAUGUUUGUAAACAUUUCUAAGAGCUACUAUAUCAUAAGCUAUAUGAAACUUUUCUAAAUACACA